GUGGUCUGGCCGCCGCGCUCCGCCAAUCGCCGCGCAGAGCGGGGAUGAGGCGUGGCCUCCGCGCCUUCCUGCCCCGGCAGCCGGGAGCCGCUGAGGGCGCCGAGGACGGGGCUGCCAGGCCGCGGUGCUCCUGUGGCCCAGCCUGAGCCAGAGCAGAGGGACCCGUGGGACCACCCACAGACAAGCCAGAGCAGAGGGACCCGUGGGACCACCCGCGGCUGAGCCAGAGCGGAGGCACCCACAGCCAAGCCGGAGCAGAGGGACUCACGGGACCACCUUGCUGCAGGUAGCAUGGCGCAGUGGCAGGAGGUGCAGAGUUUGGCCAACGCCUACCUGGAGCAGGUCCACCAGCUAUACGCCGGGGCGGCGCUGCCCAUGGCGGUGCGGCAGUGCCUGGCCGCCUGGAUCGAGGACCAGAACUGGCGCCAGGCGGUCGAGCCGCUCUCCUCCCAUGCCCGGAUGCUCUUCCACUCCUUGCUGGCGCUGCUGGGCGAGCGCCUGGGCAGCCCGGGGCUGGGCGAUGAGGACUUCAUGCUGAAGCACAACCUGCGCAAGGCCCGCCGUGACCUCCAGGCCGAGUUCGAGGAGUGUCCGGAGAAGUUCGCCAACCUGGUGGCCAACCUGCUGCAGGAGGAGCGGCGGAUCCUGCGCCUGGGGCAGGCGGGGGAGCAGGGGGGGGCUGCCCUGGCCCCCGGCACACCCCCGGAGAGUGACCGGGAGCAGCAGAUCCGGCGGCGCCUGGCCGAGUUCCACGUGGCCCUGCAGGAGGCCGAACGCGCCUUCCGGCACUUGGAGGACCUGCAGGACGCCUUCGACUUCUGCUUCAAGGUGCACUACCUGCCAGGCGAGGACAGGACCAGCGACCCCCAGUACGCCCAGCAGGUCCAAGCCCUCCAGGCCAAGCUGCAGAUCCUGGACCGGCAGCGGCGGGAGGUGCUGGCUCAGAUGCAGCAGCUUCUGGGUCGCAGCGAGACCCUGCGGGACUUCCUGCAGCAGGAGCUGGGGGCUUGGCGGGAGCGGCAGCAGCGCGCCUGCCUGGGGGCCCCCACUGACACCCGCCUGCGCCCGCUGGAGACCUGGUUCACGGAGCUGGGCCAGGGGCUCUUCCAGCUGCUGCAGCUGCUGCGGGCGCUGGGGGACCUGCGGCAGAAGGUGACCUAUGAGAGGGACCCGCUGAAGGCAGAGACCCCCCUCCUGGAGCGGCGGCUGCGGGAGCUGCUCUCCUACCUGCUGCAGAGCGCCUUCGUGGUGGAGCAGCAGCCCAGCAUGCCCAACGCCUACAAGCGCCCGCUGGUGCUGCGCACGGCCACCAAGUUCUCGGCCCGCGCCCGCCUGCUUGUCCGCCUCCACGACCGCAACCACCGCAUGGAGGCCAAGAUCCACAUCGACAGGGACCCCCCCAAGAUAAAAGGGUUUCGCAAGUUCAACAUCCUGACGUCGAGCAGCAAAACCCUCCUGGCAGGGGACAGUCCCCAGGACGGGCUGGUCUGCGACUUCCAGUACCUCACGCUGAAGGAGCAGAAGGACAGCAGGUCGGGCAAGGGCAGCAAAGGCACUGGCGAGGGUCCCCUGGUCGUGACAGAGGAGCUGCACCUCAUCACCUUCACGCUGGCGUACGCCUACUGCGGGCUGGAGCUGGAGCUGGAGACCUCCACGCUGCCCUUUGUCAUCAUCUCCAACAACAACCAGCUCUCCAGUGCCUGGGCCUCCAUCCUCUGGUUCAACAUGCUCAGCAGCGACCCUAAGGAGCAGCAGUUUUUCUCCGCACCGCCCCCGGCACCCUGGCCCCGGCUGGCUGAGGUGCUGAGCUGGCAGUUCGAGAGCGUGGCUGAGCGGGGCCUGAGCAGGGAGCACCUCCUCAUGCUGGCCGAGAAGCUCUUCGGCUCGAAGCCGCCUCUGGAGAACACCCUGGCCUGGCCCAAGUUCUCCAAGGAUGGUGCCUCCGGCUUCUCCUUCUGGGCCUGGCUGGACGGGAUCCUGGGGCUGCUCCAGGAGCACCUCAAACAGCUCUGGAAGGAUGGGCUCAUCCUGGGCUUCGUGAGCCGAAAGCAAGAGAAGAAGCUGCUGAAGGGCAAGCGGACGGGCACGUUCCUGAUCCGGUUCAGCGAGAGUAUCCUGGGGGGUGUCACCUGCACCUGGGUGGAGCACCCUACCAGCGGGCCCCCCGCUUUCCGUGCGGUGGUUCCCUACACCGCGGCCGAGCUAGCGUCCCUGGCGCUGCCCGACAUCAUCCGCGACUACCAGCUGCUGGUGGAGGAGAACAUCCCUGAGAACCCCCUCCAGUUCCUGUACCCCGACAUCGCCCGCGACGAGGCCUUCGGACCCUACUACAGCCAGCGGCAGGAGGGGAACCUGAUGGAGCAGAAGAAAUACCUGAACCGGCGCCUCAUCCGUGUGUCCUCCAGGCAGGCAAAUGAGUCGUGCAAGACAGAAGAGGAGUUGGUGGCUGCCACGGAAAACCUGGAGGCACUGCAGCUGCAGCCUGGUGGCCUGGGGACACAGCAGCCCGGUGGCCUGGCACUGCUGCAGCCCCGGACCUCAGGGACACUGCAGCCCAGGGACAGGGGGACGCUGCAUGUCACAUCUGGGAACCUGGGGAUGCUGCAGCCCUCGAGCCCAGGGACAGUGCAGGGCAUGGCUGCGAGCCCGGGGAUGCUGCAGCCCGGGGGCUCGGGGACACUGCAGCCAGGGCCCCAAGGCCUGGAACCACCACGGCCGCAGCAGGUGGGAUCAGGGGUGUCGGAAAUGCUGCAGCCAGGGAUUGGGGACCUGGAGCCGCAGCUGGUGCUGCAGCUGGUCCCCGAGGGCCAGGGGCCGCUGCAGGUGGGACCGGGGGGCAUGGGGCCGCUGCAGGUGCUGCACGGAGGGCUGGGGAUACUGCAGCAUGCGGCACCCGAGGACCAGGGGACACAGCAAGUGGGACCAGGGGGCUUGGGGAUGGUGCAGCUGGUGGCUGGGGACACGGGGAUGCUGCAGCAAGUGGGAGUUGGAGACGCAGGGCUGCUGCAGCCGGUGCUGGGACCUGUGCAGCUGCUGCUGCUCCCUGAGGGGCAGGGGACACUGCAACCAGAGCUGAGGGACCUGGAGCCACUGCCCGGGAGCCCGGACAUGCAGGAGCUUCUGCAGUCGCUGACGGAGGGGCUGAAGCCAGGCUCGGGGACGCUGGAGACGCUGGAGGUGGCAGAGCUCAUGCCUGACAUGCUGGAGGUCAUGAACGGGGGGCUGGAGGGACUGGGCCCCAGGCUGGCGGGUGGCACUGCGCUCCUGGACCCCCACGACCCAUUCCUGCCACAGCCCGAGGACACAGCCCUGCCCACCGUCAGCUCCCUCUUCACUGCUGCAGGCGACUUCCCUCCGCUCCACAUUGACGCCAAUGACUUCCAGUAACUCCCCCCCGGCCCCCUCCUGUAAAUAAACCUCUUCCUACCCCA